UCGUCUACCGUCCAAGCUUCCCGGCCCGGCUCGAAGCGACGUAUUAAUGGCGGGCAUGAAUGCAGAGGGGUCGCUCGGGAGGCGAUGUGAUGCGGUGAUCUGGUGGUGAUCUAUAUCCGUUCCCCGUUCGUCCGUCGCCUUCCUCUCCGGCUCCAGCACCAACCGAGAAUCGAAAAAGGCCUUCUGCGCGGCGGCCGGAGGCGGCGAAGAGAGCUGCUUCGGCGCAGGACACCUGUUCGACGAAAUGGCAGAGCGUCUCUGCAACAUGGAUGGCAAGAAAGCGGCUGUUCCGGAUGGCAAGGACCGCCUGAGCGCGCUCCCGGACGAUGUGCUCCUGCUGAUUCUGUCGUACCUUUACUCACGUGAAGCAGUUCAGACUUGCGUGCUCUCCCCCCGCUGGCGUACACUCUGGAAGUCUGCGCCGUCCCUUGUUCUGAACAGCUCCCACAGUCCUAAUUUUAUCAAUAACAUGCUUCGGUCCCGUGACCAAACACCUCUGCGUUAUUGUUGGAUCAAUGCUCAAGAUUCGUGUUUCCUGGAUGAGUAUCGCAGAGAUGCCGAGCACUGGCUCCGUUAUGCGAUAUCGUGCAAAGUGAGGAAUCUUGCAUUCCACAUGUUAGUUUUUGGUGCUUUACCGCUAUCAGCUGGGGCUCUUGCCUCCGAGCACUUGACAAGGUUAGAUCUUUACCGUAUUAAGUCUGAGAGUUUCUCUCUAGAUAUUUCGAGCUGUCAAUCACUCAAGGAGUUGGAGGUCGACCAGAGUGUAAUCAACAUUGGGAACACCGGGACUGACUUCCCAGAAUCUUUACAACUUUUAAUAAUCAAAGAUUCAAAAUUUCUCCCUGAGGGUAUCCGGUCUUCUAUUUCUGCACCAGGUCUGGUUACCUUGGAACUAGUUGAUUGUUUGGACUGGACUCCGUUCCUUAAGAGCAUGCCAUCAUUGGAAACGGCAAUAAUCAGGAUUGGACAUGGUUGCUUAGAUUCUUCUGACGAACAUAAUAUUUGCGGGGUCUGUGGUGGUAGGUUAUGUGUGCAGUGCUAUGGUACAGAUGAUCGUGUGCUUCUCAAAAGUUUGUCAGACGCUACACAUUUGACGCUGUUGAGUCAUAGCUCUCUGAUAUUCAGAAGGGAGAUAAAAUGGCGCCCUAUGUUUAGCAAGCUCAAAACAUUGUUGCUCUGUGAUUGGUUUGUGACUGAUAACUUCAUUGGACUAGUUUUCUUUCUCCAGCACUCACCAGUUCUGGAGAUGCUUAUGCUUCAACUUAGUAAUACCUCCAAGAAAAUUAAUAUGAGUAAUGUCUACAAGCCAAAGAACCAAUUCAUGGUGUCCAAGCAUCUCAGGUCAGUCGACAUCAAAUACUGGGAGGAAGUUGGAAAGAUUGAAGAAAUAUUAAACGUCCUUGCUUCCCAUGGAGUACAGCCAGAACUAAUUAACAUUGAAUCGAAGCCCUAUAAGGACUGCAACUACUACGAGUACUAUAAGCCCAUGUCCCUGAAACUUUUGCUAUAAGGACCUGCAUUUUGUCAACCAAGGCUGUGCACCCUGCCCAUGCCCCAUUCACAUGAAGCAUGAACUCCUGCUGAUUCUGUUAUGUGGCUCACCUGGAUUCAGUUCGAAAGGAUUGAACGCCAUAGCUAUCCUGCUGCACCUAUUGCUUGUUUCCUGAAGUCUGUCUGGCCUGAACUGAAAACCUGCUUAAGGCUUAUGUUUUAUUUAAAUGUUUUUUAGUAGUUCAGCUUAUGCAAUAUAUAAUAUGUUGUGUAUCCAGUUCCAUCAUGCAAACUUUCAUGACUGGGAAAGUUGUUUUGUUGUCACUAUGCAUAUGUUCUGUUGGCUGAACUUGUUGAGCAUGCCUUUUGGUGUUGCUGUUUGGAUUUGUCCGUAUGUAUGCUUG